GCGCUGUGACAAAGCCUAAUCGAUCACGUAGCAACGAAACCUUUGUUGUCAGUCGUUGCUAAGGAAGUAGUCGGCCAGUGUUAAAAAAAAAGGUGCCCCGAAGCAAAGUGUUGAGCGGAGGCGCCGUUACAGCGAUGAGAAACCGCAGCUGAUGUUGGACAUGAGAAUGAGUGAGGAUGGAGAGAACGGAGCCCUCCACCUGUCCAGCCUCGCUAAAGGGAACUCCGUUUCCCAUGAGCGCCAAAGACUCCAGACCCCCUUAACAGCCAGGAGAUUGGCCAAGCAGAAUGAGGAUGUUGCAGGUCUUGCCGGGGGAGAGGUCACCACAUUUCAGCCCAGACCCCCUUCACUUCCGAAGCUGACACGGUUCGUCAAAAGCGUCUCCCUGGAGGAGACCUUGAGAACCAGGAGGAUCCACAACAGCCAGGAGAGUCUGAGUGACCGGGCGGGUACCGGCUCCUCCACCGACUCGCUUAAAGAAGACCCCCCAGCUCCGGCCGUCUUUGCCCUCAGCGGGAGGGAUGAUGACCAGGAUUCACCAGACUUCCGGGGCAGAGGGAGCAGCCUGUCCGGGAGCGACGGCAGGCCGCACAGCCAGCAGAGCAGCAGCGAGGAGAGGCCCGCCAAAGUGCGCCUGUCACCUCUGCAACCACGAGGGCCCCUGCCCGCUCUGGAGAGGAGCUUCGUGUCCGCCCCUUUAAGGACCUCUAAUAGGAUUGACAGAGAUUGUUUGGAUUAUAAAAUGCCGGGCAAACAGAAGUUAGGCGAGAGAUCUCACAGCCAGCUGGAGGACAUGGGGUCGGAUGACAUCUCUGUGAACACCCUGAAGUCCUUCUACAGCGUUCUGAGCCCCAUCAGACCCCAGGACAUGAGGAACAGGAGCUUCUUGGAGGGCAGCGUUCUGGGAAGCAGCGCCCUGCUCGGCGCCGAGGAGCUGGAACGUUACUUCCCCAACAGGACGCUGGGCAUUUACAUCGUCACAUGGAACAUGCAGGGGGAGCGGUUUCUUCCAGCCAACCUGAACGACCUCCUCCUUCCAACCGACUCAGAGUUUGCGCAGGAUUUCUACGUGGUCGGCGUUCAGGAGGGAUGCCAGGACAAGAGGGAGUGGGAGAUCUGCAUCCAGGAAACACUGGGGCCUCACUAUGUGAUGCUGUACGCAGCAUCACACGGCGUUUUAUACCUGAACGUGUUCACAAGAAGAGACCUUAUAUGGUUCUGUUCAGUGCCGGAGCACUCGACAGUCACAACCAGGAUCAUCUCUCAGAUCAAAACCAAAGGGGCUUUGGGAAUCGCUUUAACCUUCUUUGGAACGUCGUUUUUGUUCAUCACGUCUCACUUCACCUCCGGAGACGCCAAAGUUUACGAAAGAGUUCUGGAUUACAACAAGAUCAUCGAGGCGUUGACUCUUCCUAAAAGCCUUCCAGACACCAAUCCCUACCGCUCUGAACUAUCUGAUGUCACCACGCGCUUCGAUCAGGUCUUCUGGUUUGGAGACUUUAACUUUAGGCUGAAUAAAGAUCGAGCCGACGUGGAGGCCAUCAUGGCGCGGACAGUAGGGGGCGAUAUGAGCACCCUGCUGGAGCACGACCAGCUCUCCAAGGAACUGAAGGAUGGCUCCAUCUUCAAAGGCUUCAAAGAGGCUCCCAUAUGCUUUUUCCCCACCUACAAAUUUGACAUCGGCUGUGAUAAAUACGACACUACAUCCAAACAGAGGACGCCUUCGUACACGGACAGAAUUCUGUUCAAGAGCAGGAACCCCAAAGAAAUUAAGGUGGUCAAAUACAACAGCUGCUCCAGUGUCAGGACGUCCGACCACAGGCCCGUCAUCGGGGUCUUUCAGGUCAAAGUCAGGCCAGGAAGAGACAAUGUUCCCCUGUGUGCGGGGCAGUUUGACAGAGGUUUGUACCUGGAGGGCAUUAAGAGGAGGAUGGCCGCCCGAGAGCUGAGGAGAGCCAAAGAGGGGAUGACGAGCCCCAGCACCGUCUGCAGCAUCUCCUGACCCGCCGGACCGGAACCAGCCUGUGCCUCGGCUGGAAGAGGACCAAAAGGAAAACCAAAGCCGAUCGUCCACCGGGGCUCAACGUGGACUGACUGGACCUUUUUUCUGCAAACCGGAUUUCUCCCGUCAGGAGGAACCCGAAGAAUCGCCUUGUGGUUUUACACUAACCGUAUCUGAAGGGACUUGAAUCAGAGCGGCAGAAUCUGUGCGUUUACCAGCCCUGCGGGGUGACAGCUGAGAAGAAUGAGGACAGAUCAGGGAGACUCUGUUCCACCAUCAUGAGGUCAGGCGAAGCACUACAACAAGCCCAUAACUCACUGCCUUACUUCUCACCAUAUAAACCCAUAGAAGCUGUCAGUGGAUGUAGCACAACGGUUAACUUGUUUUUACCGCAUGAAAAGCAAAAAAAGAAAAAGUGCCUGUGGCUCUACAUCGUUUCCUCAUAAGCUGCUCCUUUAACGCCAUGUAACCUGCCCUCAUUUACAUUUUCCCCCACACGUUUGUCCAUAUCUUUGCCAGACACAUGCAGAGUGUCGAACACUUGACUGUAGACUGAGGGAAAAGACGCCGGUGUUUUCUGAGCAGAGGGAGGGAAACGCUUGGAAGUGGCAAAAGAAAAGCCAAUCUGUGAAAGCCUCACCUUCACCAUUUUGUAGAGAAAAAGAUCACAUGUUGUCCUGACGCUUUCAGUUUCCACAUUUACAGACUGGAGGAAAAACGUCAGAGAAACACAUUACAGCUUUUUUACUUAAAGAACAAGAAAAAAGAAUUAGGAAAGAAACGUUUCUGAAGAUUUUUUUAACGAUUAAAAAAUAUAUACCGAACUUUUCAAAUCAAAGUUUAACGUUUUAAAACAGACCCAAAACAAAGUCUUGUAUAUAUGUAGCUUCCCAGAUGCUGAGAUUUUUUUAUUUUUGUAACUUGUACUAAACCGCAUUAACAGGAUAAAGCAAAAGAUGUUUACCAAUAUUUAUUAUUCGCUGAAAUGUCUCAUGUAACUUGUAAGAACAGAAACUGACAUUAAAAAUCUGACAUCUUGA